ACUGCAUUUACUUGGCUUCCCUGGUCUUUGUUUUGUCUUUAUAUAAAUAUUCAUUAUAAAAUAAUCCCGUUUGGUUGGAAAAAUUUCCCAUAACAAGUUCAAAGCAGGAGAUUGUAUUCAAAGGUUAUAGAAGUCAGGUUCACUUUGCAAACUUCAUCUUUUAAAAGAUGGAGAUAGCGCACUGGCUCCUGGUCUUGGUGGUUAUAACAGCCACCACGGCUGAAGGAUAUCCACAAACACAACCUCAGCCCCGGCAGAUGUUCAGAGAUGAGGGUGGACAGUUCCUACCGAGGAGGCCUUCCCUGAAGGAGCUACGCGAACGGCGGGAAAAGACUGCAGGGAUACCGCAUGGGUCCGAACAAUCUUCCGAUACACCAUCGGAUGAAACGCAUCCACCCAUUGAAGACUCAAACGAUUCCAAUUUACAGAAAAGUAAGAGGACAGAAUCUUUCCCACAGGAGCAACUCGACGAUCAUUUCCCCGUCAAUGAAGAGCGGGAAAAUUCGGAUCAUCCAUUUGGUCCAGGAGAUUUUUCCGCACCCAAUCACGAUUUCCCUUCAAGAAAAGGACCUCAAAGGGCCAAUGGAAAUGAUGAUGGAGGGUUUGACUUCGAAGAAAACACCGACCAUCUUCCAGAGUACAUCAAAGACCAGGAAGAACACAACACCGAUGAUCACCCACAUCCAAAUUUUCGCCAUGAACGACAAGACCCUGAAACCAGAUCUCCUGCACACAGAUAUCCUGAUGAGGAAACUACAGCUACCAGCCCUAAUGAAGAACAAUUACAGACUUCCGCUACCACCGGAGAAUCUCACGUGACUUCAGUCCCGACUGAUCGUGAAGAUUUCAAUCCUUUUGCGCUCUUCAAUUCAGACAACCCGAACGAGGCUUCGGAUGAUCCAGCCCCGAGGGAAGCUCCGGAGGAGGAGAAACGCUCUGCAUUGAAGUCCAGACAGGAGUUGGGAUCACAGCAAGGCAAGAAAAGAAUACGCGUACGCACUCCAGCACAGGAAAGAAAUUUCGAAACUCGGCAAACGACUCGCGGCGUCGACACCGGACCAGGAUCGUUCAACCCGCGGUUCCCGUCUCGUCAUGCCGCCCGCCAGCAGACAAGUCAGCCUCUGUUACAGAACGUGAACCUCUUAUCACGUGAUCCUUACCAUGACGAACAACUGCAACAACGGCAACAAUAUCAGGCACAGCAGCAACAGCAGCAGCAAUAUCAGCAACCACAGCAACAUCAGCAACAACAGAGACUGCGAAGGCCAACUCAGCAGCAUCUUCCACAUCAGGAGAUCUCAAACGACGUGGUCAACAACCCGGACUAUCCUGACUACGAAGAUGAUGAAGCAAAACCCGACAGACUCGCGGAACUUUUGCUGCAGUCCAAAUUCUCGUGUAAGUCCCGCAAGGACGGAUACUACGCCGAUGAGGAUGUCAACUGUGAGGUCUUCCACUUCUGCCAAGAUGGUGUCAAGCAUUCGUGGCUGUGUCCAAACAACGCUGCAUUCCAUCAGGUGCAUCUGAUUUGCAUGCCCCACUCAGAAGACAACAUCUGCGAACGCUCAUCGAAAUUCCAUUUCGUGAACGACUUCCUUUACAAAGAAGUUGGAGAUCACCCAGAGAACAGAAGCUACGUUGAGCGUUACUACCCCCAAGGUUUCGAAGGAGGAGUAGCUAAUAUUCCUGACCGAGAGGGGUCAGUCCCCCCACAAGCUGCACAACCCCCCAAAUAUCACCGACCUGCUGAUGAGAGACCUGCUCCUCCGCCCGAUUACAACCGCAGACAUCCUCAGGCUCCAAGGGAAAUUCAGUCAAUCGAGCAGCAAAAACAAGAAUUCGAGCGCAGACACAUCGGGCGACAGAGGCAUGGGAAUCAGCAGGAGCAGCGGGAGCACGAGCUUCGUCCUGUCGUAGAAGGAAGUGUUAAUCAGCAGGCUUAUUUUCCACAAGCUAUGAAGAACCCAUUUUCCGAAGAGAAAAAGAAGUUUCAAGCAGGUAUUGGCAAUAAAAAACUCGCGUUAGAUCAGCCCAAGUUUGAAUCGGAGAGGCCAAGACCAAUCAAGCAGCGACCUGAGUUCGAUGAUGCUGGGCAACAUCAACAACCUGAUUUCCCCCAUCCGCAGUCUGCGGCCAGUCCCUUGAACCCUCAUCAGCAAUUGAACCAUCAUCAGCAACAACAAUUUAAUCGUCCACACCAUCUCCCUGCCGUAGUCCAUCUUCAACCUGAAUUCUUAAAUCCCCAGACUGAACGUCAUCGGCAACAACAGACUCGGGUUGAACGACCACAAAUCAAUCACGUGCAACCUGAAUCUUUUCAUUCGAUCGUCGGGUCAGAUCCAGUUUUCGAAUCGCAGGAUGUAGGCCAUAGUGACUCUUUCAAGCCUCGUCGUCCUUUGCUAAAUCAGUCACCCCGCCAGGGAGAGAUCCUUGAGCAUCCGUCGUCUCAUGUGCAGCACCACCAAGGUCGUCCACCCCCGCAAGAACACCAGUUUCCCCAUGAAAGAGAACAUCUUCCCAACGGACCCAAUCAAUUCCGACAAAACCGUCCUUCGUUCGUACCUCACGAGCCCCCAGUUUAUCAUAGUCAACAACAACCGUUCUUUGGUCAGUCCGGAAACGGAAGAAAUAUUCAUGAAGCUUCGUCUGUGAAACGGCAACAAAUUGCACAUCCUGAUGGCAGGAGACCGGUGAAGAAGCGUGAAGGUCCAUCCGGUCCUUUGUCUUUUCUUGGUUAAACUUUAAACGAAAUAGUUUUUCUGAUAUCCCAAAUCCAUGGAUAAUCAGUGCCUAAUUGUCAGCGUUGUUUGUGGUCGGAAGCGCUAAUUCUUGAAAAGUUGAAUCGCUUGUAUAAUAUUGCUGUCUUGCAUUAGUGAAACGUGCAUUUCUAGACAUUUAUGAGGGUCUACAGCAAAGAUAAGUGUUAUAAGCUAUGGGAUUAUUUGAAUAUUCGAAACGAUUCAAUUUUCAAUUAAGAAAAUAUGAAUCAUUUUAAAUCUACAAAGA